AUGAUCAGCAUCAAUGCCCAACCACCCAACUCAGCCACUUAUCCUCGGGAUGAUCAUGGCAGCGCAGAAGCUGGGCAAGCGAAUGCUGAGGUGGAACGCCCACAGACAAAAAAACAGAAAGAUGGUGGUGGUUGCUUUGCCAGGGUGAGUCUAUUUAUGGCAACUAUCAUCCCACCGGGAGGUAUCGCCGCAAGUGCCUUCAACAUCGGAUCAACUACCAUUGGUGCCGGCAUUUUUGGCUUGCCAGCAGCCGCCAACAGCAGUGGGCUUGUGAUGGCGAUGAUUUAUCUUAUUAUCAUUACCGCCAUGACUAUUUUCUCCAUAUAUGCUCUUGGUGUCGCCGCUGAAAGAACAAACAUUCGUACAUACGAAGGAGUUGCCCGUGCACUACUGGGUCCAUGGGGUGCAUUUUGCACUGCUGCAGCCCGUACUUUCUUCUGCUUUAGUGCGUGUGUGGCAUAUGUGAUUUCUGUGGGUGAUAUCCUGAGUGCUACCUUAAAGGGUACCAAUGCCCCUGAUUUCCUGAAGCAGAAGUCAGGCAACCGGCUAUUGACAUCCCUCAUGUGGUUAUGCUUCAUGCUUCCACUUGUAAUACCUCGGCACAUUGACUCCCUACGUUAUGUUUCAACCAUCGCAUUCAGCCUCAUGAUAUAUGUUGUGGUUGUAGUGGUGGUGCACUCAUGCAUGAAUGGGUUACCGGAAAAUAUCAAGAACGUCAGUGUGGGAAAGGAUGACAAUGCUGAGAUUAUAUUGUUUAACAGUGGGAACAGAGCCAUCGAAGGUCUUGGGGUGUUCAUCUUUUCCUAUCUUUUUCAUAUUACCGCGUAUGAGGUCUAUAUGGACAUGACAAACCGUUCGGUGGGUAAGUUCGUUCUGGUUGUCACCAUUGCGAUGGGUAUGUGUCUUCCCAUUUAUGCACUGACAGCCUUCUUUGGUUACAUGGAUUUUGGUCGCAACGUUACCGGCUCUGUGCUCCUACAGUACGACCCUGUGAACUACCCAGCGAUUAUGGUCGGUUUCGUUGGUGUGCUCGUCAAGCUAUGCGUAUCGUAUGCACUUUUGGGAUUGGCUUGCCGCAAUGCGCUGUAUGAUGUCAUCGGGUGGGACUUCAGAGAGGUUGCUUUCUGGAAGCAUUGCAUUGCCGUCGUUACUCUCUCUGUCGUCAUGUUGCUGUGUGGCUUAUUCAUCCCCAAAAUCACAACCGUAUUCGGAUUCGCUGGUUCCAUCUCUGGUGGAUUGUUGGGUUUCAUUCUUCCUGCGCUAUUCUUCAUGUAUUCUGGUGGCUUUACGUGGCAAAAGGUUGGUCCCUUUUAUUACAUUUCCACUUAUGUUCUACUGAUCACAGGUGUUAUCGCAGCCGUAUUUGGCACAGGUGCUACCAUUUGGGCAGUUACUGUGGGAUGA